CACAAGAGGUUGGAAUACCGCGUCGCACAGAAUCUGCCGCACAACAAAGCCAGGGCAGGAUAUUGUUCCACCACUCCAGCCUGUGACACGCACCACCACCGGAGCACCUAGGUAUAACAACCAAACCGCCCAGAAUAGACUGAUAAACCCCUCAAACCCCUAAGAACAAUAAGAAAGGCCAAAAAGUCUAAAAAUGAAAAAAUACUAUCAAGCGGCUCUCGCCCUCACAGCAGCCUUCAGCCUCAUCGCGCUCCUCUUCUACCGCCACGAGUACAACAAACUCAGAUUCGUCCUCCAGGUCUUCAACUACUUCGGCACACCCUCGCAGAAUCCAGCUAACGAGACCUGUUCCCUCUCAACGAAUAAAUUCCAAUCGGAUUUUUCCGAUCCCUCGUCGACGUGGCAGAGGCUCUCGGACGACCUCCAGGUCUUCUCAGCCUAUCACAUCGACGAGGAAGUCCGAGCCAUUGCCUUCGGCAACACCAAUUACCUCAAAAGCCGCGUGUUCACCUGUGCCAUCUUCACGAACGCAGAGAAUCCCCAGAGAAUUCCUGGGCAUUUCUCGUACGAAAUCAUGUCUGAGGACGACUCCAUCGACGUGGCUUACGUCAACGGAGUGAAGUUCUACGGUCUCGUCCUCAUCUGCAAGGGUCAGCACGUCUCGAAGCACGAGAGAAUCACUGGAGUUCAGUUUUUCGAGGGGGAGAAAUCGAAAAAAGCGAUCGUCAAAGUCAGAAAGAUUGGGGAGACGGGGAUGAGAAACGAUUCAGUAAUCUGCGUUGCACCCCCCAAUUUGAAUAAAGAUGAGGCUCUGGGGAAGAGGAUGGACAUGAUAACGUUCAUAGCCUUCCACAGGAACAUUGGACUGGACAAUUUUAUAGUCUACGAUUUUGGAAUUCCCGAUGUCUUCAAUUUUGGGAUGAAAUCGCUGUCUGGAGUCUUGAAUAGGAACUUCACGUAUUCAACAGUUGCCUGGAAUUUUCCCCACGAGGGGGUGGAUUACAGGGUAAUCAGGCAUCUUGUCGAGUCUGACUGUCUCUACAGGACCUUCGGGAGGGCGAGACUGGCUGUGACCCUGAUGUGGAACGAAUACAUUAAUCUGAAGUAUCAUUCAACGAUGUCGAGUGUUAUUUCUGAUUUUAAUAAGGUCGCGGGAGGCUCCAAGUCUGGGGAUCCCUUCGGGGUGGAGACAUUCGUGUUUUGUGUCGAGGGGUCGUCCGGGGAUUCUCUGAAUUUUUCUACUCCUAUGAUCCUGUCGACGACCAAGAGACUGAGGGGGGAGGCUAAUAAGGAGGACAGACACAUUUAUGAGCUCGAGGACAAGGGGAAGGUUUUUAAGAAGAGGAACUUUAGGAGGAAGCUGGAUGAUUUGGUCAGGGUUUAUAAGUAUGAGGGGUGUGGUGGGGACCAGGAAGUCGUGGAGAACCAGGUGCUGAGGUUUGCUAAGAAUACUCCAGGCUCAACGGUCUUUCAGUAUUAUAUCUCUGGGAAAUUGUUUAGUGAUUGAGAUUAUUGGGAGUUGUACGUUUUAGGGAUUUUUGUAUUGAAUAAAGAGGAUUGAUUUAAUUUCUAA